UUGGUCGAUUUCCAAAGCUGUCUACUGUACUCUACUGUAAUUUGCACGAUUGCGUGACAGCUGUGACAGUUCACAGUAAACAAUACGUAUUGCUCCUCGUUUCGCGUAUUCGUGGUUUAAACAAGCAGAAGGUUCCUUUAUCCUAAGCCGAACACCAACAGUCAUGACAACGGAAGUUCCAGAGCGGCUAAUUAUUGGCCCGAAGGAAGGUGUAACCUAUCCGCUAACGGUGGCUUACUGCGGCAACUGCUCCAUGCCACUCGAGUAUUGCGAAUACUAUCCGGACUAUGAAAAAUGCAAACAGUGGCUCGAAAAGAAUCUGCCGGACGAGUUCGAACGCAUGAAGAUGGGUAUGGCUGGUAGCGGAGAUGGAGGCAGCGCCGGAAGUGGAUCCGCUUCCAAACCCGCAAGCGAAUCGGCAGAUGCUGAUGAAGGGAAGAAACCACAGAAACGGGGCGGUAAAGGUAUUAUGAAGACCAAAAAGGCAAAGGAUGACGUACCGAAGAAGGUGUGCCUAUCGCGAUCGGCGAGAGGUAAACGAAAGUCCGUCACCGUGGUCACCGGUUUGGCGACGUUCGAUAUCGAUCUAAAGCUCGCGGCCAAGUUCUUCGGUACGAAGUUUGCGUGCGGUUCAUCCGUCACCGGCGAUGACGAGAUUGUGAUUCAGGGUGACGUUAAGGAUGAACUGUUUGAUAUCAUCCCGGAAAAGUGGCCCGAAAUCGAUGAGGAUUUCAUCGACGAUCUCGGCGAUCAGAAGCGUUAAAACAGGCUACUUAGUAAAUAACCUUCUGGUACAGUUCGCGCAACAAACAUGGCUGUUGAGGAUGGUGAUAAAGGUUGAAUCUUUGAGCUGCUUUAAAUCACGCGUGGCAGAACCGAAGGAGAAGAAAGGGCGUUAAUAUAUAACAACAGGAUUGUAAAAUAAACAAAGCAUUAUCGUGUGCUUUUACAAUGCAUA